UGUGGAAAGAUCAUGCACACUAGAAAUAUUAAAUAUACGUCAAUCUUCUUUAACCUCAACCUUGAAAUUUAAAACCAAUUAAUUAUUUUUUAUUGAAAUAAAAUACGCUGAAAGACUGAAAUGGAAUGGGUCUGGGAAUUUAACCGGGAUCAGGAGCUAGAAAGACAAAGAGUCUUAGUAAGAGGUGAAUUUCCAGACCUCACCUCUCGAAUUGCACCCUUAAGAUUAUAUGCAGUGAAUUUACCUCCAAGGGUUCCUAAAGAUGAGGUAGCAAAGAAGUUUCAUGUUGCACAAGACUGCAUCACCCUGAAGAGGAAGGCUGACAUGAAGUCUUCUUCAGCCAUCAUUGUUUCCCCCAGCUGGCCCAAAAGUGAUUUAAUUUUGAGUGAUCAUUGUGCAACGUACUCACAGCCGCUAAAGAAAAUGGUUGUAAAACAAUGUUAUGACCCGGACCCCUCUCGACCCUCCUCAAAGCACUACAAGCCUCAUAGGCUGUCGAGUGUAGAGUUUGACUUGAGGCCUGCAUGCAGUGGACUGCCUACACUUCAUGUCCUCAAUGAUUAUGCCUUACUUCAUAUUAUGAAAUUUUUGAAUGUACCUGAAAAACUGAAGCUUGAAGCAGUGUGUCGACGCUUUCAGUCGCUGGUUUACCGCGAACUGAGCCAGAAUAGCAUCAUAGACUUUACUGACACCUGCGCCUGGCAAAGUGCUUGCUCCAACCUCUCUAAAGACCGCAACAAGUCACCAGCACAGCUGACACAAGAUAUUAAGCUCUGCACCUACAAGAUGCUCAUCAUGAACACUGGCCACCUCACUACUCUCAGACUCAAUGAGGAUACGUGCAUCUUUGAUGUCAACGUAUUUGCUGCUAUAGGUCGACUUGCUGUGAACUUGGAGGAUUUACAACUGGUGUUCUCGUCAAAGAGGAAACAUUACACCUCUAUGAAGACUAUCUUCUCGCUCUGCUCAAAACUCAAAACUUUCAGUCUUACAGGCACAUUCAGGUCUGACGAAUUAUUUCGAGACUUGAGGGAAUGCAAACGCCUUGAGGUGUUGCGGCUGAGCAGGCUGAAGAAUUUUGAAUUCAGUUGUCUACUGAUGAUGCAAGCUCCUCUGAGAGAACUCUCGAUCCACAACGUUGACUUCGUCGUCUCAUGGCACUUAGGAGCAAACAUAAACUUUCCAGACUUCCGUUUCAACUCUCGCCUCACGACAUUCCGCUUGUUUCUCGACAUCCAGACUGAAUUUAUGUACUAUUCAACAAAUUUCAGGGAAUGGUCACUGAGGGAAAUUCUUUUCUCCAUGGCACGCAAGUGUCCUGCGCUGACCCAACUCCAGAUUCGUUGCUACUGGAAUUCUGAGUCUCCCAAUUUCAAGACAUUCAAAAACUUGAAGGUGCUACAUUUUAUCGUACGUUGCUCCGAAAAUAUUGAGGAUCUUCUCAAGAGCGCUUUGCCAGACCUUGAGGACUUACACAUCGAGAUUUCAGAAGUUUCGAGUUUCGGGUACGUUGCAGAUGAAGUCCUCAGUGUUGACUUUUCGCUUGCGCCGCCGUCAGUGAAGUCCCUGACGCUCAGUGUAGUCCAUGCACGUCAUGAGCUAGACGAUGGCUCGUACAAGAGCAUCCUACAAAUGCCCAACCUGCAGCGAGUCUUUGUCAAAAGCAGGAAAUUCUCUCUGGCUCAGCUGAAACAGUUCGUGGCCCACAUUCAGCUGGUCGAGAUCAGCGCCCCUUCGGUGACCGUGGAUCUCGCCACGGCCCAGGAGCUCGCUGCCCUGCGCAGAAAGGCACUGGCCAGGAGCAGGCCCAGGUGCCCCUCACUGUGCCCCGACCACGACGAGCCCCUCCUGCUGCAUGUCAACUUCACCCACCACGCGACCUUCGCAGAUCCUCUCAUAAUUAUCAAGCGUUUGUGCUCACAUGCAUAAAUAUUGAGUGUCCUGCGUUUAUCUUGACGCUCUGGAAUCGUAAUUUUCUUCGUCCCAAGGAAACGGUUAGUUUCUCUCCCGUGCCUCCGCGCUGAGGCUUUCUGACUUUCUGAGGAGAACUCAGACUUGUCAAUUAAGGAAAUAAAAUACUUAUUCACUUAAAAUCUUUAUUGAUGGUUACACUAUAAAGACUUUAUAACGGAUAAUCUCGAGAAUACAAGCACGACGAUGUUUAUAAUAAUAGAUUGUGUAUAUUGCUGUAAAUUUAUACUGAAUGAGUGUGUUCAGUAUUUUAAUGGUGCUAAUAAUAUAAGAGUUCUUAGUGUCUUUCAAGGUUGCCCUUAAAUAAAAGAUGAAGCUUU